AAGUAUUCCACUCUUACAAAUACACUGUAUACUUGCCACUACCAAAUGUUGAUUGUUCUUUCUAUAGGAAACCCUGGGUCUAUUACACGACAUUCAGUGGGUCAUUUCCUCUAUGCUCACCUUGUCUCCACAUAUGGACUUCCUCAACCUACAAAGAAUUCUACAUACUCCGCUACCACCAAUGGAGAACUUACUCUAGUAAAGUCAAACACCUACAUGAAUGAGUCUAGUAAGGCAUGGCUCAAGUUCGUGGACAAGAACCGCAUUCCUGCUGAUGCGAUUGUGCUUAUUCUUUAUGACGACUUCGAAUCUGACUUGGGCGUGGUGAGAAUCAGCAAGUUCAAGAAAAACGAGAGUCAUAAUGGUGUUCGCAAUUUAAUGACAUGCUUGUCUACCAGAGACAACGUCUAUAAAUUAGGGGUUGGCAUUGGACCAAAACCUGUAGGUUCAAAUAAGGAUAGUAUGGCUAGUUGGGUAUUGAGCGAGUUUAAACAAAACGAGAAGGAGAAAUUGGGUAACAUAAGUUUGCCUAAGGUGAUUGCAUACUUGGAUGAAAUUAUUGAAACUGAAACAGUGAUGGAUGUUAACAAGUUUAAUUCCAAAAUGACUAAACAAUGGAAAGAAACCGAGGCGGUAUAGAGAUUCAGUUAAAUUCCAAGUGGAAAUAACUUUACGGUUGCUCCGUACAACUGAAAAGUGUAAAGUAUCGUACGAGAUUAGUCAUACGGAUAUAUGAAAGAGUAAUGUCAGGAAAAGACAUCGCCUGAGCAUAAAAAAUAUAUUGACUCCAAUUUGAGUGUAAUUUCACAUUUCAAACAAACAUUGCACAGAAUUGCUCAUUGUAAUUAAUUGGAGAUCAGGCGUAUCUGCAGCACAAUCUUCAUUGUGAAGAUUCUAUGAAAUUUAUUUAUUUUUUUGCUCCUCCAUGCAAGAAUCUCGUAUUUUGAAACUCUACUUUAUUUGCAAUUGUUUACGAUUCCAUUAUUUUUAGAUCUAUACUUGGCAACGCUUUGGAUUGCCUCGUUUUGUAAUUAGCUAUUUAGAUAGAAUGCCUGGCAUAAUUUGCCAAAUCAAUAAGAAAUAUGCGUGACCAGCAAUCAAUUG